AUGGCGAAUGAUAGCAUCCUUCAUGUCUUCAUUGUUUUUCUCAUCGCUCAAGUCUGCCUGCUCAUGAUGAUGAUAGCGCCGGUGACACAUGCAGCUGGUAGGCUUAUGGGCUAUAAUCCAGUUUGCUGCCCUAGGGACAUCUAUUGUUGUGGAUUUGGUGGCGUGAUGGCUAAUGGAACCUCAUCCUCCAUUGAGCCUUAA